AUCUCCAUAACUUUAUUGGGCAGAACUGGCGCUGGCAAAAGUGCGACGGGAAACUCUAUCCUUGGCCGCAAAUGUUUUGAGAGUCAUGGAGGUAUAAAGAAUGGCACGAUGCACAGAGUCGUAGAAACGUGCGACUACAACGGACUGACACUGGAAGUCAUCGAUGGACCAGGGUUCUGUGAAGAGUAUCCUCAUCGGUACAGCUCUUAUUUAGAGGAGUCAAUAGCUGAAUACAUUGAAUCAGCUGGCCCCGUCUCUUUUUUUCAGAUUUUUGUACUCGUCUUGAUUUAUGGUAUGCCGUAUUCAGAGGAAGAUCAAACCCUUUUAUGGGCUCUUUACAGGAGGCUCGAACCAAAUUGUGUACGUAUGUUUAUAAUAUAUACAAAUGGUGAUCACUUUAGAAAAGAAGAAAUGACGUCGGGGAAAACUUUUUCUCAAUGGUUUACAGAACAAGGUUUUAGUCCUAGGGAACAUUACAGCGGUGCCGUUUUAUUCGACAACAAGACGGAUGACGUUGAGAUACUGCAGAAACAAAGACAACGUCUUCUUCAUUUAAUAUUCAACCAAAUCCGUCAAACGUAUAACAAGAGUUGAACUGUCUUUGAGAGCUAGGACAGUUAAAUCAUAAACUGUACUUUCAAAAAAAAUAAAAAUGAGAUUUUCAGCACAAUAAACUCAAC